AAAAAAUAUUAAAUCUCUGGCGGUUGUAGACGAACACAUGUAAACAAUGUUUCGGUGGAUGGUAAACGGUGUUAGGAGGCUUUAUCAACCUUUGUGUGUUUUAUCCGGGAAGACACAUUCAAAUCUGCGAUGUGUUAACUGGGUCAUUUGUCAGGGCAUUAAACUUCAAAGAGUCAACCUGGACUACACAGAUGAGACAGAUUUUAUGGAGAUCGAUUUUUCCGACAAAGACUUUGACGAGAAAUCAGAUGAGGCAGACAUCGAUACGAUCUCUCUCAUCGCCAAGAAUAACCCAGAGUUUGUCUGUCUGAAGCAGAUCCAAGAGCGCCACUACUGGGGAAGCUUCCACUCUCUCAUGAGGCAGUUAGGAUACACGGGUUACUUAGAGGAUCUGCGGAGGGGCCGAUGUAAAGGGGUAUUCAUCAGAGAUGACGUGGCAGAAUUAGUGAAGCCCUACUAUGGAACUGUGCAUAGGAAUAGAAGACUUUUCCCCUUUAAGGACUUACAAGGGACUAAACCUGGUAGGAGCUGACCAUGUCAUUUCCAACGGAAAAAAAAUUAAUUUGUGACCAUAGUAUUAGUUUCUAUGUAUUAGAUAUGUAUAUAUUUAUCUACCUCAAGGACAUAAUAUAUAAGGUUAUUUGUUCCUAAAGAGGCCAGCAUAAUUAGAAUUUUAAGUCGCUGUGAAGGUUGUUUUUGAUUCCUGUAUAUAUAGCUGCUGAAAGACGUAUCUGCUGUAAAGUUUCAAUUCAACAUGAAAAUUGAUUCCGAGAAGAAAUUUGUAAAGGAAACCAUUGUUCCAAAAUUAUGAAAAAAAACACGUAAUAAAUUAGGAUAAUGUAUAGGGCAGUCGUAGACUUUUCUCUUAGAAUUUGUAACGACACGGCAUAAAGUUUCGCUUCAAAUGUCUACAUUUUUUUGUAUGGAUACAUUUUUGGAAAAGAAGCUUUGUUUUGCUUUACAUUUGCCUGUUAUAUUGUUGAGACCUUUGUUGAAUAUUUUUACAAACAUGUCACUGCCUGUAUAACAUGUACAUGUAGUUAAUUUACACAAAUCCUUUGAUUGUAGUUAAUUUACAUAAAUCCUUUGAUUGUAGUUAUUUGUGAAAGUUUUCAAUCUCAGGAUAUUACAAUAGAUAUAACAUUGAAUACAGCAGAAUCUUUACGCGCAAUUCAAAUUGAUACGAAAUGUAUAUUUUUUUUUUCAUUUUUAAAUUUUUUUUAAAUUGGGAAUUCACCUUUGACGAUAUAUUUUAUUAGGUUAUAUGUCAUAUUUAUAACGUUUUAUUGACCCCGGUAAACCUGAUAAUACUUACAAGUAUACAAUGUAUAAAUAUUUGUUACUAGAUAAAAAUAUAUAUCUAUUGAAAAUAAAUAUCUAUUGAAGCAUAGUUUCAUAGACGCUUAAUCAGUAAAUACUAUGCAUUGGAAAUAUUCUCCGUCAUUUGUACAAAGAAUCGAAUAAAAAGAUGGAGUAUGAAUGUGUGGGUUUAAUUAAAAAAGUAUUCUGUGAAGAAAGCCAUAUUUAUCAUAUGGUCCUCUCUAAACGCUGAACUAUGAUUCCUGGCAAUGCAAUAAGACAGGAAUUGCGCGUGUCCAGACUUUUAAAGUAAAUUCAGUAGACUUGUGUUUUAUGUCACUUUGAAUAUUAUUAUGUUUAUUGUUCAGCUUAAUUUCAUUGCGUUUCCUCUGUUAUUAUCUAGUUGCAGAUUGCUAAUCUGGAAAAAAAAUUGGGAUGGAAGAUGAGAGUGUAAGCUAAAGUUUAAGGCAUUGAAAAAGUGUAUGUACAUUC